AUGCCACCAGUACAUUCUAGCCCUUACUUCCAAAUGGACAAUCAGGCCAUACUGUCUUUGCUCCGGCAUACUGCAGGCGAGAAACGAUCAAAAUCUGGUAGCGGUGGGCUUCUUAAAAUGUUCAAGCUCUUCCCCAUGUUGACUUCAGGUUGCAAGAUGGUUGCACUAUUAGGCAGACCUCGAAAACCUUUACUCAAAGACAGUGCUACAACAGGUACCAUUUUUGGUUAUCGUAAAGGCAGACUUAGUCUAGCCAUACAAGAAGAUCCUCAUUGUGUGCCGAUGUUUGUUAUAGAGCUACCGAUGCACUCAAGUCUAUUUCACAAAGAAAUGGCAUCGGAUAUAGUAAGGAUCGCACUAGAGAGCGAGACCAAGACUCAUAAAAAGAAAGUAUUGGAGGAGUUUGUUUGGGCUGUGUAUUGUAAUGGAAGAAAGGUUGGGUACUCUAUUAGGAGGAAGCAAAUGUCUGAUGAUGAGCUUCAUGUUAUGCAACUUCUGAGAGGUGUUUCCAUGGGUGCAGGUGUGCUUCCCUGCCCAAAUAAUGAGAAGGAAUCAGCAGAUGGGGAAUUGACUUACAUUAGAGCCAGAUUUGAGAGAGUGGUUGGAUCGAAAGAUUCUGAAGCUCUGUACAUGAUUAAUCCAGAUGGUGCAGCAGGGCCAGAAUUGAGUAUUUUCUUUGUAAGGGCUCGCUAG